UGGCAUUUUCAAUGCUGUUACUACCGGUAGGGUCUCAGCUCGUGGUCUCCUCAUUUUUGUUUCAAAAUCUGGUCACAACAUACCGUACCUUGAUGCAGGGCACGAGUACCAGUACAACCGAACGAUUCCUUUCGCAUGGCGCGAUACUCCAACCCGCAGCACAAAGCAUGACGAAUCCGAAACCAAGCGAUGGGGACCAUGGUUCCCGGCUCUUGGAAAAACUCGAAACGACCGACAGGAUYAUCGAUUGGGACGACGGCUUUACUCCCAGUGGUUGCAACGGGAGCAGGGGGCGGAUGGUAWUCGAUCAGCCCCGAUCGACGCCGGGCCUGGUGGCGGUGGUCGAAAACGUUCUCCCCGACGAACUGGCGGAUGCCAUGUACUGCAGCGCCGUCGAGGCCGGGGUCUGGGGCGAGUACGUCAGAAAAGAGGACAUCGAUCGCGUCCCGGCGGGAGACCCGCAAGACCCCGGGUCUCCCGACACCACCGCGCACGACCGGCGACACCUGGCGGCUCGCGUCACCCGCGCCUUYUUCAGGGAACGCUGCGCCCACCUCUUGGCGGGGGACUGGGACAACGUCCACGGUGUUUCGGUGUGGGUGAUCGCGUCCGGCGUCGGGGACUCGGUUCGAUACCACAUCGAUUAUGCCGAGAUGUUCCGGUUCCGGACCAACGUCAUCUACCCCCCAAUGUACGGGGGGACGCUGCACCUGACCCCGACCAGGGACAUGAAGGGGGGCGAAUUCUGUGCCAACCUGGGGGGCCUGGACCACUACAAGAGGUUCCGCUACAAGUGUCCCAUCGAGAAAUUCGAUCUGGACGGAACCGGUGGCGGUGGCGAUGGGUGCGACUGGAUUAAGGUCCCGUACCGAUACAACAGGGCAACGCUGUGCGACGGAGACCUGCCCCAUUUCAGCGCCCCGGUCCGAUCGAUCCCGGACGGAAAGAAACGGGUCAUUGUGGGGUUCAACGUCUGCAACCACGAAAUAGGGCCGAUCGUGGAAGAGUACCCGGAGCACAGCGCGAAAUUCAACCGGUUCGUCAAGCUGAGCCAGACGGCGGUCAAGUUCGGUGGCGGUUUGACGAUAGAAGCCGUGAAGAAGAACCCCAACCUGGCAGCCUUUGUCAAGCUGCUGGCCAAGAAAAUGAAAGAGAAGCAACGGUUAGAAGAAAAGGAAAACGAGGCAGAUCGCGAUGCGUGAUCAUGAUCGUGAUCGUGAUCCGUCCAGUUUUGGUUGAAUGAUAUUGCUAUAGAGCACCUACGACAAAAAUAAUACAACGAAAUUGUCAAUCAGUAGAUUGUACAAGAUGAAGAACAAAUGGCCUAAUGGUAUUUAUGUCCCUGAAGUUAUCCUGUGGUCGAAGCAUAUCAUGGCCGGGAAAGGACGUUGAUACUAGGAAGGAGAAAAAUGAUUGCCAUUUAUGGAUCACCUCUAUUUGGGCAAUCAGUGUAUUGAAAGUAACGACUACUCCUUGAUAUUUCCCUAARACACCGUUGCUCUCUUACACAGGGCAAAAUUGCCAGUACCUGAUAGAUAUAUCGAGAAAGGCGAAAUUGAACGGUGUGGUCAGAAGUUGUCGCUUUCAUGCAUUGAUGAAUGCAAGAAUGCGAUGUUKAUAAUACUAGAUAGAUUCUUCUUUAGAAACAGCAGAGGAAAUCGCAAACAUUUUGGAUCCGAGUAGCGAUUCUGAUGGAAUAAAUCAUCUUCAAGCAA